AAUUUUCAUUCCUCGCGUUCGGCAGUGCGUCGUUUGCUCGUUGCUCCAGUUUUCCGCUCGAAAAACCGUUCAAAACCGCCUCAAAAUAGGUCGCCACUCGCCGGAAAUGACGUCCAAGCGGGACCGCGAUCGGGACGUCGAAUCGAGCCACUCGCGGGCCAAAUCCCGCGAGAAGGAUCGCGACCGAGACCGCAGAAGGUCUCGCUCGCGCGACCGCCACCGUGACCGUGACCACCGGCGGCGCAGCCGGAGUCGUUCCAAAGAUCGUCGCCGUCGAAGCCGCAGCCGUGAUCGUGAUCGUCACCGGGACCGGCACCACCGUCGGGGAAGCUCCCGCGAUCGUUACGAUCGGGAGAGUGACCGGGGCGGCUCGAGCCGGGCCUCGUCCAGCCGAACGACGGCGCCGCGAGCGGAAAGCCGCGACAAGGACACCAGCAGCGCGUACGACUACAAGGACCUGGCCUUCACCCAGAACGUCAUCGAGUCGAUGAUGUCGACGGCGGCGAACGCCAAGAGCUUCGCCGAGCUGCUCAACAGCUACAACCAGCAGCAGCAGAUCGCCCAACAGCAGCAGCACAUGCAAGCCCAGAAGGCGCUGCUGGAGGCCCACAACGAGAACAGCCAGUCGUCGGACGUUGGACAGCACGGCAGCGGCAACAACAGUGGUGGCGAGGGCGACAGCCGUCGCCGCAAGAAAAAGUCCCGCUGGGCCGGCGGAGAUCACGACAAGACGUUCAUUCCGGGAAUGCCCACGAUCCUGCCGCCGGGGAUGAGCCAGGACCAGCAGGAAGCUUAUUUAGUUCAACUGCAGAUCGAGGAAAUCAGCCGGAAGUUGCGCACGGGAGACCUGAUGAUACCGCAGAACCCGGAAGAAAGAUCGCCAUCGCCGGAACCGAUCUACAGCAGCGACGGCAAGAGGUUGAACACGCGCGAGUUCCGUACACGCAAGAAGCUCGAGGAGCAGCGCCACCAGCUGAUUCAGCGGAUGCAGUGUAUGAAUCCGGAAUUUAAACCCCCGUCGGACUACAAACCGCCGGUUAUUCGCGUCAGCGACAAGGUGUUGAUUCCGCAGGAGGAACAUCCGGACAUCAACUUUGUCGGGCUGCUGAUUGGACCGCGUGGAAACACGCUGAAGGCCAUGGAGAAGGAUACCGGAGCGAAGAUCAUCAUUCGGGGCAAGGGAUCGGUGAAGGAGGGUAAGGUUGGCCGGAAGGAUGGUCAGCCGUUGCCCGGGGAGGACGAACCGUUGCAUGCUUUCAUUACGGCGAGCAAUCCGGAAGCGGUGAAGAAGGCCGUCGAGCGCAUUAAGGACGUUAUCCGGCAGGGCAUCGAGGUUCCGGAGGGUCACAACGAUCUGCGGCGGAUGCAGCUGCGAGAGUUGGCCCAACUCAACGGAACGUUACGUGAAACGGACGGACCACGGUGUACGAACUGUGGCUCGAACGAGCACAAGACUUGGCUCUGUCCGGACAAACCGAACAUUACGAACAACAUCGUAUGUUCCGCUUGCGGAGGAGCUGGUCACAUCGCCAAGGAUUGUCGCAGCAAGCGACCGGGACAGGGUGGUCCUCCGGUGCCCGGAAAUAACAACCAGGCCAAGAUUGACGAAGAGUACAUGAGCUUAAUGGCGGAACUGGGCGAAGGACCACCGCCGGAAACCAACAACCAUCAUCACUCCGGAUCGGCAUCUCGAUCGUACGGACUGUUCGAGUCACGACCGGCUCCACGCCCUCUGAUGGCGACGCCGCACCUUCCUCCCCAGCAGCAUCACGCCCCUCCUACUCCACCCCAACCUCCCAUGAACCACUGGAGCCACCAGGCGAUGCCUCCAAUUCCGGCCCCACCACCACCACCCCCAGGAAUCACCCCUCUCAUGUCCUGGACGCCACAACCCGCCCCUCCCGGAAGCAGUCCCGACGCGAUGAUGCCCCCGGGAACGGCCCCUCUACCCCGAUUCGCCCAAAGCUACCCGCCCCCUCCACCACCCGGAGUCCCCCAGCAACCGAUGGCGCCCGGAACCGGCCCCGUCGGGAUGCCCUCGUGGAACGGUAGCAACGGAUCGUCCGGGCCGACCCCGCUCAUGCCACCAGGAUCGUGGCAGUCGCUGGCACCGCCUCCCAUGCCGACCGGAAUGCCGCCGGCACAUCUGCUCGGCGCUCCCCCUCCACCACCUCCACCGUCAUAAAUCGGUGAACGGUGACACAAUUUCAACUUUGCUAAAUUUAACAUGAACAAUGACUCUAGCAAACAAUUACAUUUCUAAUCAAAACGAUAACUCGUACCCUUAGACUACCGGUAACGCUUUUCUCGUUGAAUGGAACAGAACAAUAAAGCUCUGAUGGCGAGUGUUAUUUAGUGCA